AUGAUCAAAGGAGAAAUAUAUAAAUAUGUGUAAAAAUAUGAAUAAGAAUUGAAAUCAUUGAUUAAUCAAAUAUCUUAUAAAGCUAGCAGUUCCUAAAAGGUUAUAUUUGCUUAUCAUUUGAUAUGUAAAGCAAUUAAAGGAAACCAAAUUAUGUAGAUUAAAUUUCAAAUCAUAGCGUAUUGA